AUGACAAACUAUAACAACUUUUCACCAGCAUCUGGUAAAAAUAAAGCUAAUAUUGACAGUGAAAAAUUCAGACUAAAUAUGUUAUCCGUUCUACCAAAUGCUGGGUUCCAUAAAAUGUUCCCAAAGCCACCCGUUUCAGAGGAAAUUAAAGCCCAAUGUUGCUUGCCAGAACCCAUGUUGUGUUUUCAACCCAAUGUUGACAUUGAGAGUGAUUUGUUUCAAGAACAUAUAAUUGAAUAUGAGAAGACUUUGGUCUUUGACCCUAUAAGGGUAGAAGAGUUGACUAGAGGUCAAAGGAACAAUGAUGCUUGGGAACUUGCUAGGAAAGGGCGCCUCACUGCAUCAAACUUUGGAACAAUAGUAAACUGUAAUAAAGUGACUUCUGUUGUGAAAUCAAUAAUGGGGUACUACAAGUUUGCCUCAACAGAUGCAUUGGAGUGGGGCAAAAAGAAGGAAAAGGUUGCACUGGCAUUGUACACCAAAGAAAUGAAAAAAAUAUACAGUAAUGUCAGUGUAACAGAGUCUGGAUUGUUGAUCCAUCCAAAGUACACAUACAUUGGUGCUAGUCCGGAUGGUGUUGUUACAUUAGGUGAGGAAACUGGCCUUGUGGAAAUUAAGUGUCCUUUUAAGUUUAGACAUUCCACACCAGAACAAGCUGCUGAAAAUAAGACUUUCUUUUGUAAAAAAAAUAGUGAUGGGUCAGUUUCUUUGAAGCCAGAACAUAAAUAUUACUCCCAAGUUCAAGGUCAAAUGGCUUUGAAAGGAUGCGAGUGGUGUGAUUUUGUGGUAUGGACCACAAAAGGUAUGUCAAUUGAAAGGAUUUAUUUUAACAUUGACCUUUGGAACCUGUGA